UUCUCCGAUCGCACGAUGUCGUUUUGGGCAGUGAGUCGCGGCUUAACGCCGCCUUCAAAGGUGGUGCCCAUGCUGAAUCCCAACCAGCGCCAGUUUCUGGAGGACGAAGUGCGCUACCGUGAAAAACUGAAGCUGAUGGCCCGAGGCGAUGCCAUGGAGGAGGUGUACGUCCGCAAACAGGAUACCGUUGACGAUCCCCUCGAGCUGGACAAGCACGACUCGUUUUACCAGACCACAAAGAGCCUCUUGGUGCUCUUUCAGAUAAUGGGGGUGAUGCCCAUACACCGCAAUCCGCCGGAGAAGAACCUCCCCAGAACGGGCUACUCCUGGGGCUCCAAGCAGGUAAUGUGGGCCAUCUUCAUAUACAGCUGCCAGACGACCAUUGUAGUGCUGGUGCUGCGGGAGCGGGUAAAGAAGUUCGUCACCAGCCCGGACAAACGCUUCGACGAGGCCAUUUACAACGUGAUCUUCAUCAGCCUGCUAUUCACUAACUUUCUGCUCCCGGUGGCCAGUUGGCGGCACGGACCACAAGUCGCCAUUUUCAAGAACAUGUGGACGAACUAUCAGUACAAGUUCUUUAAGACCACCGGUUCGCCGAUCGUCUUUCCGAAUCUCUACCCACUCACCUGGUCUCUGUGCGUCUUCUCCUGGCUCCUCAGCAUCGCCAUCAAUCUGUCGCAGUACUUCCUGCAGCCGGACUUCCGGCUGUGGUACACAUUUGCCUAUUACCCUAUCAUCGCCAUGCUCAACUGCUUCUGCAGCCUGUGGUACAUCAACUGUAACGCCUUCGGCACGGCAAGUCGCGCCCUCUCCGACGCCUUACAGACGACGAUUCGGGGCGAGAAGCCCGCCCAGAAACUUACCGAGUACCGCCAUUUGUGGGUGGACCUCAGCCACAUGAUGCAGCAACUGGGACGGGCGUACUCUAACAUGUACGGCAUGUACUGCCUGGUAAUCUUCUUUACUACGAUCAUCGCUACCUACGGAAGCAUCAGCGAAAUCAUCGACCACGGAGCAACCUACAAGGAGGUGGGUCUAUUCGUCAUCGUUUUCUACUGCAUGGGACUCCUGUAUAUCAUCUGUAACGAGGCACACUACGCCUCCCGGAAGGUAGGACUCGAUUUCCAAACGAAGCUGCUAAACAUAAACCUAACCGCCGUGGACGCCGCCACACAAAAAGAAGUUGAGAUGCUCCUGGUGGCAAUCAACAAGAACCCACCUAUCAUGAAUCUGGAUGGGUACGCCAACAUCAACCGAGAACUAAUCACUACCAACAUCUCCUUCAUGGCGACUUAUCUGGUAGUGCUGCUGCAGUUCAAGAUCACCGAGCAAAGGCGGAUCGGCCAAACGCCGUCCUAG